AUGCCAAAUUUACCUCCUUCGACACCAAAGACAUGGACCCGACCCUCCAAAGACGGCGAGGAUGUACGGUUCUUAGUUUCUAUGGAUAAAUCACUCCUUUCAACUGCUAUUUUGAAUGAAGAAUUUGGAAAAGACUACAUAUACUGGGCCAAGUCUUUGCCCGAAGAAGAACUCCUGAUGGCCAUCGACUCAUCCAUUUGCUUCGGCCUCUAUACCAUGACAAACUGCGGAAAUAAAAUGAAAACAGCAGCAUCAGCGUCAACGGGCCCAUCCCCGCAGAUGAAGCAAAUCGGUUUCGCUCGUUUGGUUACAGAUAAUGUGACCUUCUUCUAUCUUGCAGACGUCUUCGUCAUACCCGAGUAUCAAGGAACUGGGCUUGGCACCUUCUUGAUUCAAUGUGUCAAGGAGGUGCUAGAUGGCAUGAAGCACCUGCGGCGGUUCAUUCUCAUGACUAGGGACAAGAAUACGGGGGGGUAUUAUGAGAAACUGCUGGAUGUUAAAACGUUGGAUUACCUAAUUACUCCAUGGCUCAAGCUCGAUAUGGGUCAAAACAACGUCAACCUUAGAAAGCUAUGGUCUCGAUGGCAAAGACAUCAUUAA